AGAUUCGUGGGCUCGAGAGCGCGGUCCGCCUGUCCCACUAGGCGGAGCAGGGGAUGGCACUCGUAUCCACAGCGUCGAAGGCUGGCGCCGAGGUUGCCCUGCGGGGCUACGCUAAACAAGGCUUCGAUGCGGACUCCACCAACCCCGAGCACAUCCAGGCGUACCUCAUCUUGCGGCAGACACACAGGCGCGUGAAACCGGACACCUUUGUGAACUACAUGAAAAGGAAGGAGACUCAUUUCGAGCACGGUGGUCGUGUGAAGGAGGAGGUGUGGGGGGUUCCGAAGGUAAACUUCCCGAACGGCUUGCCGCAGGACAUGCAGAAGUCCGAGAUGACACCGGAGAAGCUGGCAGAGUUGGCCCUCGUGGGCGGCGGGGCGCCCGACCACGAGACGUACUUUUUCAUUGACCAGGAAUGCGAGCGGAAGACGCUCGGGCAAGGCGUGAAGACCGUGGAAUUCUUUUGGAAAUCGUCGACCAGGAUGCCCUCGGACGCGGUGGCCGGGCCCUCCAUCGCGUCGGGCGCCGGAAGCCCCGGCGAGGUUCGCAGCCCGCAGCAGGACAGCGGCGCCGGGGCCGGGGAACCCAACUUGAAGGCCGCGGUGGGCGCCAGGGAGAACCCUUUGAAAAGGCAUUCGUCGGACGAGGCCGACGGGGAGGCACCCGCAGCGAAGAAGGCAAGGCUCAGAUUGGAGACCUUGCGGACGCUGCGCGAUAACAUCAAGAGCGCUGUGCAAGCGGGCCAUUGGAAGAGCCAGAACGCCCUGCACACCGCCACUGUUGACGUGUACAUUGAAGAAGCCAAGGCGAUUCUGAAGGAGUUGAGCCUGGAGGCUGACGCGAAGGAGGUUGGUCUCGUGACGAAGUUCACGAACUUCCUGGCGCGGACUUUCCUCGCGGCCCCCGCUUUCGAACACCUUCACAUUUUCAAAGGCACGUUCACUGAGCUGAAGGAGUUGGGCGGUCAGGAAACCGGCGAGGGCAAGCUCCUGGAGGCAUUGGCCGUGAUCACCGCCUCGUCGGAUGCCGUCCCCGACUGGUCGCAGGCGGACCCGGUCGCCCGCGCAGCCUUCCGGGGCAGCGCCAUGUACAGGAGCUUCGUGGCAGCGCGCGUGGGGGACAAGGUGCGCAAGGCCCAGAGCGAGGAAGGCCAGAAGCGGCUGGACAUUUUGCUCGAGUGCUCCGAAGUCCCGAACGUGCCCCCCGCCAUCAAGAUGACGAUCGAUUCCGCAGUGGUGCUUUUCGACGUGCGCGUGCCCCUGGGUAUGCGCAUCAAGCACUUCGUCCUGUCCCCGCAGGCCGUCAAGCUAGCGAGAAACUGGGACCCCGAGGGUUUGAUGGGGGCCGCGGCGCUUUUCCUCAUGGAGACGCCCAACGUGAAGGACAUGACGUUCGACAGGUUCGUGGAGGUGGCCCGGGCCGUCGCGGAGGAGGGCAUCGACGUGCCCAACCCCGUGCUGAAGUCGGCGGUCGGGUUCGUGAAGGCCGUGUCGCCGACCGCCCCGCAGGCGGGCCAGGAGUGGGCGCAUCGCCUUGUGCAGGAGGGUUUGACGGCCCGCUUGCAGUUGAAGGUGGGCGCCGUGGAGGGUGACUUCGACCCCGUGGCGGCGGUUCCGGCGGCGAGCGCUGCCGACGCGUUCCGCGCCACGAAGGAGUUCCUGUCGUUCCUCCCGAAGGGCGUUACCGUCGCGUGGCUGCAGGCUUGGAAGAAGCACCGCGACGAGGAGAAGGACAAGGCGAAGCAGGCCAGGGCCGAUGCCAAGGAUGCCAAGGAUGCCGAGAAGGGCGCGGAGGUGAAGGCCAGCGAGAAGGGUGCGGAGGGGAAGGCAGUCGAGAAGGGCGCGGAGGGGAAGGCCAGCCCCGCGUCGGAGAAGAGCGGGGCGGCCGAUGCUCAGGGGGGCCACAAGGAGCAGCCGCAGGAAGUACAGAAGUUCAAGAUUGGCGAUGUGGUUAUCGGGAAGUCCCACCAGCACAAGGAGAAGUACAACGACGUGGAGGCCCAGGUGACAGACGUGCUUACCAGGCACUACAAGGUGAAGUUGCUGACUGGGACGGCCGCGAACACCUCGAAUGACAUUCACAAGUACCUGUUCAAGGACGUGAGGGCGAAGCCGAGCGGGGGUGGGGUGCUGGGAAAGCUCGCGGCGCCUGCGGGCGCGGACAAAGCCGCGGCGCCUGCAGGCAUGCAGAACCUCGCCGACUUGUUCGACGAGUGACGGGGGGCCCGAGGGGCAUUCGUGAGGGGCCUACGUCCAGGUAGGCGAGCGUUCUCGGGGCCCGCUCUACUAGGGCUCCGGGGACUGCGCGGGGCGACCGCGGGCAACGCGGUGGGCAAAC